CCCGGCGUGGCUAGGAACCGGCUGAGCCCGUGUGCCCUCGCCAUGCCACGCGCACCGCCUGGGACACCGGCCUGUGCGCUGCCGACCCGGAAAAGCCCCGUGUUGAGUCUUCCCCAAGGGCAAUGCGCCUCCUUCCUGUCCUCCCUCUUCGGGCCUCGCACCUCCGGGGCCCGAUGUCCCCAACCUCCGAAUCCCAGCCCACCCGGCUGGCUUCCACCUCCUGCAGUGUAGAGCGCCUAGCAUGACGCCCGCCGCCGGGCGUGGGAUUGCGUAACCAGAAAACUCGCGUGUUGUUUUGCUCAUCUGUGCAGUGGGUAUGAUUUUCUUUUUUUCCCCGGCGGCCAGAUUCUAGGUUUUGGUUCUCGCCAUGGCCAUCACUCAGUUUCGGUUAUUUAAAGUUUGUACCUGCCUAGCAACGGUGUUCUCAUUCCUAAAGAGACUGAUAUGCAGAUCUGGCAGAGGAAGGAAAUUAAGUGGAGACCAAAUAACUUUGCCCACCACAGUUGAUUAUUCGUCUGUCCCUAAGCAGACAGAUGUGGAGGAGUGGACUUCCUGGGAUGAAGACGCACCCACAAGUGUCAAGAUUGAAGGAGGGAAUGGGAGUGUGGCAACACAGCAAAACUCUUUGGAACAGCUGGAACCUGACUAUUUCAAGGACAUGACACCAACCAUCAGGAAAACUCAGAAAAUUGUCAUUAAGAAGAGAGAACCAUUGAAUUUUAGUAUCCCCGAUGGUAGCACAGGUUUUUCCAGUAGAUUGGCAGCUACACAAGACAUGCCUUUCAUUCAUCAAUCAUCAGAACUAGGUGACUUAGAUACCUGGCAAGAAAACACCAAUGCCUGGGAAGAAGAAGAAGAUGCGACCUGGCAAGCAGAAGAAGUUCUGAGGCAGCAGAAAAUUGCGGACAGAGAAAAGAGAGCAGCGGAACAGCAGAGAAAGAAGAUGGAGAAGGAAGCACAGCGGCUGAUGAAGAAGGAGCAGAACAAAAUCGGGGUAAAACUUUCCUAACACACCCGCCCGCCUGCCACACCCAGUGCCAGUAGGAGAAGCCGGGACCUGCCGCCUACACGACAAGCAUUUGUAUGGACUGGAGAUGAUUUUCAGAAUACAGACACUGCUUGAUCUUAAUGUGUUCAUUGAGCCAUCCAGGACACCAGGAUUCUCCCACAGUACCUUGAACUGUCAGUAAUCAAGACUCAAAACACAGAAAUGAUGAGACAAUUAUUUUCUUCAACAUGUUCCAAAUAUAAGACAAUUGUUUGCUGUAGAGAAGUUAUUUCAAGUGGAAUAUACCAGACCAGUACCUCUCAAGCUAGUGUUUCUAGCUGAAUAAAGUGGGUGUAAAUAAUUUUAUGGUAGAAAAGUACUCUGCUAUCUAUUAUGCUUUCAUUCAUUGUGCAUAAUUAUAAGAUAAUUUUAAUCGUCUUUGUUGCCAUGAUCACUUGACACAAAUUAAAGUUUAAGUGGGGCUUUAUACCUCCUUAUUAAUUUUGUUUUCAGGUAGUGUUGACGUACAUUUUCUUUAAUUUGAACUGGCAUUGUUUGGUACAACAUUAAGGAAUAUGAUUUGGAUUUUCAUGAAAACAUUAAAUGCAAUAAUUUUAUUUAUCAA